AUGGCAGCUUCUACCAGACAAUUCGCCCGCGCGGCGAUGCGCACCACCGCUAGAAACACUUUCGCCGUCGCUCCUCGCCAGGCUUUCCGCCAGCAGGGCCGCCGCUUCUACUCUUCCGAGCCAGCCUCCAAGUCCGGCAGCUCCACCUGGAUCUGGCUCACCGGUGCCGCAGUCGUUGGAGCCGGCGGCUACUUCUACACCCGCGAGGGCGGCGUGUCUGCCGGCUCGACCCCCAAGAUCGUCAACCCCACCAAGGCCGACUACGAGAAGGUUUACAAGGCCAUUGCCGACCGCCUCGAGGAGAACGACGAGUACGAUGACGGAAGCUACGGCCCCGUCCUCGUCCGUCUGGCCUGGCACGCCAGCGGCACCUUCGACAAGGAGACCGGCACCGGUGGCAGCAACGGCGCCACCAUGCGCUUCGCCCCUGAGUCCGACCACGGCGCCAACGCCGGUCUGAAGGCUGCCCGUGACUUCCUCGAGCCCGUCAAGAAGCAAUUCCCCUGGAUCUCCUACUCCGACCUCUGGAUCCUCGGUGGCGUCUGCGCCAUCCAGGAGAUGCAGGGCCCCGUCAUCCCCUACCGCCCUGGCCGCAAGGACGGUGAGGCUGCUGCCUGCACUCCCGACGGUCGUCUCCCCGACGCCUCCAAGCGCGAGAAGCACCUCCGCGACAUCUUUUACCGCAUGGGCUUCAACGACCAGGAGAUCGUCGCAUUGGCCGGCGCCCACGCCCUUGGCCGCUGCCACACCGACCGCUCUGGCUUCGACGGCCCCUGGACCUUCUCUCCCACCGUUCUCACCAACGACUACUACAAGCUGCUCCUGAACGAGAAGUGGCAGUGGAAGAAGUGGGACGGCCCUGCCCAGUACGAGGACAAGGGCACCAAGACUCUGAUGAUGCUUCCCGCCGACUACGCUCUGAUCCAGGACAAGACCUUCAAGAAGUACGUUGAGCAGUACGCCAAGGACAACGACUCCUUCUUCAAGGACUUCUCCAACGUUAUUGUUAAGCUGUUCGAGCUCGGUGUCCCCUUUGCCCAGGGCGAGGACCAGCGUUGGACUUUCAAGCCCACUUGGGCUGAGUAA